AUGCCACCUAAACCUCCUCCUCCUAAUGAAUCACCAUUUACUAAAAACUUUUCCUUUGGAGGUGACUCUUCCUCAUCCUCUUCCUCAUCAACCCAACAACAACAACAACAACAACAACAACAACAACAACAACAACAAUACUCUUUCCCUUCAAGAACUUCUCCAGCUCUUCCAAUUAAUGAUGACUCUACUGACCCAAAUGACCAUACUGUAGUCUCUACAUCAAGACCCCUUAGAAGCUACUCUGUAGCUGUCCCCUUCCCUAAUGGCCCCUCUAAACAAAAUGGAACUAAUUCAAACUUACGCAAAUCAACCCUCUCUCGCAUAGAUACUUCAUCUCCUGACUUAAACCAAGAUACUACUAAAACUCGUCUUAGAAGAGCCGCCUCUACUGCCUCUACUGCAAACUCUUGGGGUAUCCACUCUGUCCCAUCCAUUCUCUCAGACUUUCGUAAACAUACUUCUCAUGCUCAACGUGAACGUCAGUCUAUUGCCUCUCCCAUGCUAACCCGUCCAGGACCAAACCCUCUCACAGGUAACCAUCAAAGUGCUCUUUCUAAAACAAUUGAUGAUCUUCAUAAAACUCUCUCAGAAAUUAAUGUUCUUUCUCCAGUAGAUGUUGAGAAAAAGGAUUACUUUGAUAAUAUCCCAAUUGUUUCAAACUCUAAUGAAAAUAUACAAAAUACCCACCAAUGUAUCGAUCACGAUCACGAUCAUGGCCAUACUCAUGGUCAUUCUCAUACUCAUACUCUUGAUCAUGAUCAUAAUCAUGAUCAUUCUCACUCUCACUCUCACUCUCACACUCUUGAACAACCUCCCUCAACCUACUCAUACCCAGAUCAUGACUACCACACAGAACAACAACAACAACAACAACAACAACAACAACAACAAAUCCAACCACCAUCUUUAAUUGAAAGAGUCCCUGCCCUGAUAUCUCUUCCAACUUCCCUCCUGGCCCUCGACUACCUCUGCCUUAAAUUGGGUUUCCACGAUAAAGUCCCCGCCUUACUCUCAACUUCCCUAGUAACAGGCCCCCUUUUAUUACUCACAGGUAUCCUCACUCUCAUCAUGUCCCGCGGUGGCUCCCCUGCUCAAUUCUCCAAAUCUGACGUUACAAAUACCCUUCUCCUUGCCCUUGGAACAUUCCUCCUCUUUUGGGCUUGCUCCCUAAUUGGCUCUGUCAAAACUUGCCUCAUCACUGCUACUCUCUUUAAUGCCCCCUAUCUCUUUCUCCACCCUCUCAACGUCCCUUAUUACAUCUACCUAGCACUACUCUUUGUAAUUGACAUGUUCCGCUCCCCAGCAACUCCAAUAGACACAUUCCAACCCCCUCACCUUUCAGCCCUUAAAACUCUUGCAUGCUACCUUGCCCUCAUCGUCUCUGCUUACUGUCUUCAUAGACCCUCUGCAACAUACUCAGGAACCCUCGCAAUCAUUCUUGGAAUCAUCAUCAUGGGUCCAACCGCUUUUGUAACAACUACAACUUACUCCAUCGAUGUCAUUUCUCUUGUCACAAUCACCUCAGGCUCCUUUGGCGUGUUUUUACUCUCCAAACGUGACCUUCACCCUAACCGCUUUAGCCCUCUUGUUAAUACCUUUCUCAGUAUCUUCCUCGAAAGCUCUGUCUUGCUAAAGGGCACCCUUCCUUACCGUGAAAUGUCUUACAAUGGCUUCGAAGCUCUUCUCUCUUGCAUUCUUAUUCCAGAUAGAAUAUACCCACGCUCUGCACCGCUCUUUGACCCAACAAGCCCCCCAGAAUCGUUGCGCAAUUGGGGUAUCAUUGAUUCUAUUUUGGCCCACGAAGAUACUAAAAAUAUUUUUUAUUUCCUUCUUCUUAACUUUUCAUUCAUGCUUAUCCAGCUCCUUUACUCAAUUCUUUCUCACUCACUUGGGCUGCUCUCGGAUUCCAUUCACAUGUUUUUCGAUUGUUUAGCGCUUUUUGUGGGUCUCAUUGCUAGCAUUCUUUCUAAACUCCCGCCUUCUUCACGGUUCCCCUAUGGAUUGGGUAAAGUUGAGACUUUAUCUGGGUUCACCAAUGGGUUUUUCUUGGUUGGAAUUUCUCUCGGUGUUAUUGCCGAAGCCGUCGAGCGGAUUUCUGCACCCGUGGGGCUCGAAAAAACAACCGAGUUGCUCAUUGUUAGUGUACUUGGAUUGGUUGUUAAUAUCGUGGGUAUUUUUGCAUUUAACCAUGGCCACAGUCACGGAGGAAGUGGUCAUUCCCAUAGCCAUGCAUUGUUUGGAGGUGAUCACCAAGAUCAUGGACAUGAUCAUGAUCAUGAUCAUGACCAUAACCACGACCACGACCAUAACCAUAGCCAUAACCAUAGCCAUGACCAUGGCCAUGAUUGUGAUCAUUCGCUUGAAAAAGACCAUGGCCAUAGCCAUGACCAUGGCCAUAUGGAUGUUACAGAAAAUGAAAACAUGCGAGGUAUUUUCCUCCAUAUCAUUGCUGACACGUUAGGAUCUGUAGGAGUGAUUGCGUCCACUUUGCUCAUCUACUACUUUGGCUGGGAAGGAUUCGACCCUCUUGCUUCCAUCUUCAUUGCCAUUCUCAUCUUCAUGUCAGCCAUCCCACUCAUUUCUUCCUCAGCAAAAACUCUACUGCUAUCGCUCAACGAUGGCCAAGAAUAUAACGUUCGGGAUCUGCUCAGUGAUAUUUCUAUCAUGCCUGGAGUUGCUGGGUACACGGUCCCCCGGUUCUGGGCAGAUGGCUCGCAGGUACGUGGUGUUAUCCACGUCCAAGUUCAACCUGCACACGAUUUGCCUAAAGUUAAAUCGCGUGUUGAGGAACGUUUAAGCAAAGCAGGUGUUAAGGCAUUUGUUCAGAUGGAGCCCGAAGGCAGUAGCUGUUGGUGCCGUCAUGUAUAA